AUGUUUGUAAAAUCGAUACAAAGGCUGCCGAAUAGAAUUGGCAAGAGGCAUUUCUCUUCGUUCCAGAAUGUAGCUGAUACUUUCGUUACUCUGCAUGAAGCUACAUCUGUACCAUGGAUGGUUCUCAUACCACUAACUACAAUUGGAUUAAGAACAUGUUUAACUCUACCAUUAAGCAUAUGGCAGCGUAAGAGAUUGGUAAAGCAGCAAGAAUUAAGGAAAGUGGUACAGGCAGUACCACCAGUAACGAAAUUAAGACUAGCAGCCGCUACAAAUGCGGCGUCAAAAGCUAAUGAUGAGAUUACAAGUUCUGGUAGUAUAGUCAAAGAAGAGGAACAUCCUAUACAAACUAAACCACAGAGAUUGACACCAGAUCAGAUUACGUUGUUGGCAGUGAAAGAAACUAGAAAGAGACAAAAGAGAUUAUUUGGAAAGUAUAAUGUACAAAUGUGGAAAAAUGCUGUACUUCCACUGGUACAAAUUCCAUUAUGGAUAACCGUAUCAAUGGGGUUGAGGAAUCUAACGGAGAAAAGACUCCUUGAGACUAAUAAUUGGUCAUUGACUGAAUACUUGUUCCCGGAAAAUUUAGAUCUUAGUCUUCCGUGGGAUGAUAUGCCCAUGGUAGCACCAUUGAUUUUGGGUACAAUAUCCUUAAUCAAUGUUGAGUACAACGGUAGAGUAAUGACAAGUACAUCCACAUCUCGUGUAGGUAUUGAAACUGCACCGAAUGAAUAUUCAAGGAUGUCUCAAGGUAUCAAGAGUAUCCUUAACGUAUCUCGAUUAAGUUGCGUUUUCAUGAUGGGUAUAUCUUCACAGGCGUCAAUACUGCUAUCGUUGUACUGGAUAAGUUCACAAUUUUACUCAUUGAUACAGAACAUUUUUCUAGACUGGUUCUGGCCUUACCAGAGGUAG